AUGAUAUUCCAUACCUUAGUGGGCCUAGCGGUCGUAUCUUUAGCUGGGGUACAUGCAUACAAUAAUGCAGGUUUACCCCUGAGGUCUGCAGCCGAAUCUGUUAUAAGUCUUCAAAUCCAAGGACAGCGCGGACCGGUGGCGCCCAACGAGCGGGUCAGAUCUUGUGUUAAUGGCGUUUGUCCUGUUCCUUGGGGAAACAUGACUGAUACUGAAAAUGUUGAAAAUGAAGCUGCUGGCUCGGCUCCUGCUUCAUCUGCGACGCCAGCUAUUCGACCCACUGAAUUGAAUAACUUGUAUUCAUACUAUGGUGUAGAUAUGCAAAUAGGCACACCACCUCAACCUGUAACAGUACAGCUUGAUACUGGAUCCAGCGACUUCUGGGUGAUUUCCAACAAGAAUCCGUUCUGUGCUAAGACCAGCGAGGACAUCCAGCGAGGCUGGCCAAAUUGCUCCACCAAUGUGUUUGACUAUACCAAGUCCACCACCUGGAACUUUACUAGAAAAUAUUUCCACCUCUCCUAUGGUGACGAUACGUAUAUUAUUGGAAGAUGGGGAACAGACGUCGUGUCCAUGGGUGAUCUCCGACUCGACCAAGUCAGGGUAGCACUGGGUGACAACACAAACUCAAGCCAAGGUGUUUUCGGUAUUGGAUACCCGCAAGAAGAAGCAACUUUAGACAAGUAUAUGAAUAUCCCUGUAUUGCUCAAACAAACUGGACUUACUCAGGCAGUAGCUUACUCGUUAUAUCUCAAUGAUAUCGAUGCCACCGCUGGCCAAAUCUUGUUUGGUGGUGUUGACCACGACAAGUACACUGGAACUCUCUACACUCUGCCCAUAGUGAAAACCGACGAUGGAGAUCCCAGAAUGGUUGUCCAGCUUGAAACCGUCACAUACAAUGAUGGCAAAAAUGCAAGUCAGAUUUCAGGAGAGGGUAUCAAUGUUUUGCUGGAUUCUGGAACAACUCUGACAAUGCUUCCCCCGAGUAUUGUCACUCCGCUCUACUCUGCAAUUGGAGCAGUUGAGAUCCCAGAUGCCCCAUUAUAUGGAGUCUCGUGUCCUUCUAGAGACAGUGGUAAAAUGGUGCAAUUCAACUUCAACGGUGCCGUCAUCAAUGUGCCUCUAGCCGAGCUUGUUCUCGACUUGGGCGAGGAGACAGGAAAACAGUUCACCAUGCCCAACGGAGACAAAGCAUGUGGAGUAGGUAUCGUGCCAAGCGAUUCUGACCUUGUUCUGGGCGACACCUUCCUACGAAGUGCCUACGUGGUCUACGAUCUCGAGAAUGACCAGAUCUCGCUGGCCAACACCAACUUCAACAGCACCACCACCAGCAUCGAAGCCAUCACUCCCUCUGGUGUCCCUGGAACCGUUCUCGCACCCUCUCUCCAACACCGCUAG